UACAGCAUGUUGUCAGUGUAAACCUGCAGAUAGUUGUUCUCUCAUUCUGUGUACUGUAGAAUGCUUAGACGGAUAAAUGUUUUUCUUAGUCUUUUUAAGAUUGCUUGGAAAUAUAGCUUGACAUUCCUCUCAAAUCUUUAUCUGUGGUGAACGAGUGAUGCUUUGAUAGUAGUAGUAUUUGUCUUGGAUCAUUUGUUUAAACCCAUCUCAGUAUUCUGCUGGUAUGGAAGAUGGAUCUGCCGUCUUCAGGACUGGUGUUUUAUUUCUAGAAACAGAGAUGACUCCAGUGUGGAACGAUUAAGGAUAAACGUCCAGCCUUUUUUAAAGGUUUGACAUGAUUUAAUGACACAAUGACCCGCUUUCUAGUCUGCAUGUUCACUUUGCUUCAAAUAUGUCUAAAGCCAUCUAAAGCAAUUCUUUCUCCUCCAAAGAAUCUGACUGUGAGAAUAUUGGAUUUUAAGGCUAUAGCUGAAUGGCUUCCUGGACAAGGAAAUCCUCCAGAUACCAGAUACACCUUGGAGUUUAUAACUGCGCAAAAAAUGUCUGGAGGAAAGUGGAAUCACACUCAACACUGCACUAACACAGCCAUACUGAAAUGCCAACUGACUUUUGAUGGGCAACCUAAUGAGCUUUAUUUUUGGAAUUAUUUUGUGAGGGUCAAGACAACAUUUAGAGGAACAAGCUCCCACUGGACAACUACAUCAAAGUCUUUCCAGCCGUAUGGAGACACACUCCUGAGUCCCCCGAGUGUAAAAAUCUCAACUGAACAAAACUCCAUUAAAAUUAAUUUUAGUCAUCGGCUGGAAUUAAAACCCGAGGUCAGACCACUGGAAUACCUGCUGUAUCUUUUUGAGAGCAGUCCUGCAGGGGAAUUAAAGAACUAUUGUGUUAGUGUUUCUGCAAGUCAUCAACAAGCCUCGAGGGACAAUAACUUCAACACCACCAAAUGUAUAUUUCUAUUAGAUUCUACUAAAAGCUUUGUGCUAGUGGUGUGCAUUGUGGCCAUCCUGCUGAUUACUUUUUCGACUGGGAUUUUUUUGCCUUUUGGUUGUUUUUACCACAUGAGGCUUCAAAUCAAGAAUCUCCGCAUUCCAAAACCUUUGAUUGUUAUUCCAGGAUAUAAAAGGGUCCUAAAACCAACCCCUGAGGAAUCCCAGCCAAUCACAGUGACCCCACCAAAAAAAGAAAUGAACGGAGAGAGACGUUUUUCUUCAUCGGAGGAAGACUCCAAGGAUGGCUCUGUGUUCUAUCAACCGAGAGAAAACUUUACAUUAUCCAUCGCCAGUGUCAUCCCACCAGAGCAAGAUGAGGAGGCUGAGGCAUCAAAUCAGUAUGAUAAGUACACACUGGCUAAUGAUAUAGAAGAUAGUGAAGAAAAUGAAAUAUCUGAAAUGGAUGACGACAGUAUGUAUUCAGGUAGCGAGUCUGAAUCAGGAUCUCUCUGUGAUAAUACUUUAAACAUUUCAAGAUCAUCCCAAAUACUACGAACGGUUACCGUGAACAUGUGUGUAAACUCAGAGAUGGAUAGCAAUUAUGCAGAAGAAACGCUUUUCUUUUCUUCUGGCAGUGGCUAUGAAAGAGAAGUGCCUGCUGAAGAGGAGGAGGACAGCUUAUUUUUGUCUGAUUCUAACUCAGAGAGUGGUUAUGAACCAAGACAUGAUAUGACAAGCAUUAUAAACAUCCAAACCUCUAGUAUCUAAACUAUGAAGGCCCUUAAAGAGGAUAUACAUAUUCUGAACCGACUUCCAAAGGUGGAGUCUGCAACCAAAUUCAAGCAAAAAAGUAUCAACCUUUCCCCUGACCAAUGCCAUAGAAAUGAAAACUCUUUAGAGAUUUAGUUUAGUGAUGCAGAAGAUCAGAAUAUUCAUAACAUGAGGCAAUAACACUUGACAUAGAAGCAAAAUCUGGAGUUUGUUUUACCUGGAGAAAACUAUUGGUUAAUUUCCCUUUCAUCAAUAGCACUUACAGUUUUCUCCUGAAGGAACUCACAAGAACUCCUGCAUCAGGAACUCUUGGAUCUUACAGAUAUUAAUAUCCGUUUAAACUCUCAAGCUGAAUUCUGUAUGGCCAAAUAGAAGGAACAUGGCUGGUUACUGGCCAUCUUAUUGCUGGUUGCUCAGUUGAGGGUCAUGUUGAACACAGUUUGAACUAUGAAAGUGUGCCUACUUCAGGAAUAAGUUGGAGCUACACAUCCUGCAGUUUCACUGGGAUGCAACUCGUCACAAGACAAGCCGUCUAGUCGAUAAAUGGGCAAUCAGACACUUUGAAAACAGACUCCAGGUGCUACAUGAAGCAGAUUAAGGUGCAGUGCAAUACUGACUGACCAGAAAUACUGGACAAUUGAAAUUCUAAGUGUUUUAUUGUGUAUUGUAUGUCAUCCAAAAUUCAUAUCAUAAUUAUAAUAUCAUUAUUUACACAAAUUGGGAUCUAAGACCACUGUAGUGAAAAUCUCUGUAUAUAAAAUCUGAUUAAAGAUUAAAAUUACUUGGAAACAACUGCAAAAUGUUGAAUGGUGGUCACUCCAAAAAAAAUUAUUUAUGUAAUAGAAGUUACUACCAAUACUACCAAGAAAAUACUGCCAAUGAAAACAUUCUCUCUUUACAGCAUCAUUUCACAAGUGCUUCAAAAGUAUAUUUUGCUGUUCCCACAAAUGUUUUAAUGGAAUUCUCUCUUUAAAAAAAAUUUAUAUUAUUUUUUGUCUCUCUUUGUGUGAUUUUAAACUGACAUAGGGAUAGUUUGUAAGAUUGUAAGACAGUAUUUGUAAAAAAUAAUGUUUGGAAAUAGAAUGUUUGGCAUACUAACACAAAAUAUAUAAAAAAAUCUUCAUGUAUCUUUCAGGACACAACAGUUUUAUUGUGCGGGUUUUAUUUCCAUGUCAUAUCUUACCAUAUGUAUGUCAAUGUGUAUGUACACUUGUUUUCUGUAAAGGACGUUCUAAACAUUUUCUAUUAUAAAAUGGUGCUAUAAUAUAUAAUCAAAGAUUUAGUUAUCAUCAUGGAUUAUUAUGUAUAUUGGGGAACUGUCUUGUAUUUGAAAAAUCAGCCUGA